AUGAGUUAUUACUCCGGCGGAAAGGUAUCCCAGGAGGCGAUCGACACGCCGCGACAGUUGGCGGUAAAUGUGCAAUGUUUGAGCAUAGACAAUCACUACAAGGACCUGGUGGCUAUUCGUAAAAACGAUAGUAUCUAUCAAAUACUACCGGAUAAUCAGAUUUCACGUCGCGAUGGUUACCAGGAUUUCGAGGAUUUUUACGCGAAAUUACUGCAAAUAACGUAUAAUAACACGUAUUUACUGCCACUUAAUACAGACAAUAGUAGUCAUCGAGAGUCGGAUACGUCUAGUGACGAGUCGAUUGAAGUGAUCCAGAGAUCAUAUGUUAAGUCAAAAUCAAAUACAAUGUCCAGAAGUAGUGACCACUCGUCCAGAAGUAGUGUUUCCUCGAUAAGCGGGAACUCAUUACCAGAGAGUAAUAGUUACGCGAUGUUAUUCAGAAACCCGGUAUUAGUGGGUUCGGGAGAUUUCACUGAAAGUCAAAAACAGAAGGCGUUUAGAGAAAUGAAAGUUUUAGUAAAAGUCCGAUCAGAAUAUGUGGUCCAGUAUUACAACUCAUGGAUUGAAGCGAAUGUGCUUUACAUUCAAAUGGAGUUGUGUUGUAAUAAUUUUCAGAAUAUUCUUGAAGUGAAACCACAAGUAUUUGGGCGACAAUUAGGAGAAGCCAUGGAUUGUGCCGAGAACGGCAGGUUUGUUAAGUUAUGUGACUUUGGUUUGGCUACAGUUCACGACAAACGCUAUAAUUCCCCAACAUAUAAAAAACACACAUCAGAUGUGGGCACAAUAAAGUACCAAGCACCUGAAUUUGACAAACACACCGUUGGACAAAUUAAGGAAUAUAUUAUUCUCAAUGAUGUCGACCCCCUUAUGGUCUGA